GAAUUCGAUCUUCUUCUUCUUCUUCUUCUUCAACCUCGCCUCCGUAUUUUAGAGAGAGAAUCAUAACCAAAAACGAAACCCGAUGGGAAAUUGCCAAGCCAUAGACACAGCAUCUCUAAUCAUCCAACACCCUAACGGAAAAGUCGACCGAUUUUACUGGCCGGUAAACGCCGGCGAGAUCAUGAAGUCAAAUCCCGGGCACUACGUCGCCCUUCUCAUCUCCACCAAAAUCUGUCCAUCAAAAUCCACCGCCAGAGAACGCCGCCGUGAUCAGGACAUCCAAACAAACACCACAAAUUUCAACUCGGUCCGAUUAACCCGAAUCAAGCUUCUCAAGCCGACAGAUUCGCUCGUUCUCGGCCAAAUUUACCGCCUUGUAACAAACCAAGAUGUGUUGCAGGGAUUGAAAGCGAAACAGGAAGCGAAAAUGAAGAGAAAUUCGUUGGAUUUUGAAGGGAAAGAUGGAAAUUUGGAGAAGGGAUCAGAAGGGGAAAUGAAUCAGGGGAUGAAAUGUGAGAAAAACAGAGCAGUGUCGUCGGCGGCGAAAUCGAGAGGGUGGCAGCCUUCUCUGCAAAGCAUUUCCGAGGCCGGAAGUUGAGGGUUUGCGGUUUCCGAUCAAGAAGAUAUAAAAAUGAACAGAAAAUGGGUGAUUUUUCAGGAGUUUUUAGACACAGAUUUGUGCAUAUGUAAGGAAUAGCUCAUUACAGAAACAGAGCAGAGAGAGAGAGAAAAAAACAGGGGAUGAAAGGGUGUAUUUGUAAUUUCAUUUGAGAAAUUGAAAUUGGGCUUGGAAGAUUAAAAUAA